GCCAAUGCCAAUUAUCACGAAUACAUUUUUUAGUUAUAUAUGUAAGGUGUUGGUCAGCACAAAUGUGUUAUCAGGCCGCUUAUCAGCAACGGUUCACUGGAUAGCUCUAGUCGACGUAUUUCGUCGCCAACGGAAACCAUUUGGGUAUUCGGCUUAAUGAUCGUAAAAAUAAAUAAUAAACGAAAAAAACAAAAACAACAACGGAUAAGCAGCCGCUAAAAACUAUUCUAAAUAGCACUGGUUUAUGAAGUUUUAAAGCAGUUUAUGUGUAUAGCUGACCGUUAACACGUCAAAUAUCACCGAGCAGAGGCGCCAGCUACAAAAAAAACAUGGUUGCACCUAAAAUUACCAACGACAAGGGCGAUGUUGUUCCAGCCAAUAUAUACGAGGACAAAAAGAUCUUCCCCAACUUUCGAAGCGGUCCGCUCCAGGAGUAUCGCGACAAGGCGAGCUUCUGCUAUAAACGCAUGAAUGUGCUGCUGGAGGGCGAAGACCAUAUUCGUCUAAAGCACAAAAUAUGGCAAUGGAUGGAAAAACAUCCAGAUUUCCAACGCGAACCGGAGGCACCGAGUCUGGAACGUACAAGGGAGUUGGCCAACAAGCGUCAUCAUUUGCUUUGGGAACAAAAGUUCUUCGAUGUUAAUGAGUAUCUUAAUACACCACAUUUGCUGUUGGCCUUUGGUCAGGCUAUAUUCAGCUACGAUUUUAGUUUCUCGGUCAAGUUCUCGCUCUCUAAUGGCAUGUUUCCCAGCACUUUGGUAUCGAAUGGUACCGGGCGUCUGGGCAAAUAUGUAGCCAAGAUAGCAGAUGAUCGCAUAUUGGGCGCUUACGCCCUAACCGAGAUCUCUCACGGCACGAAUGCAAAUGGCAUGCGCACACGCGCUACUUACGAUGUUAAGUCCCAAGAGUUUAUUAUACAUACUCCCGAUUUUGAGGCAGCCAAAUGCUGGGUUGGCAAUCUGGGCAAGACCUGCACCCAUGCCAUUGUCUAUGCACAGCUGUAUGUGCCGGCAGACAAGCAUCAGGGCUUGAAUGCAUUCUUGGUGCCCAUUAGGGAUGAACGAACAUUGUUGCCCCUCCCGGGCGUCACUGUUGGCGAUCUUGGCGAAAAAAUUGGACUGAAUGGCAUUGACAAUGGCUUUGUAAUGUUCAACCAAUAUCGCAUACCCAAGGCCAAUUUGUUGUCGAAGACGGGUGACAUUGAUGCACAGGGCAAUUAUAGCAGCCCUAUCAAGGAUCAGCGCAAACGUCUGGGGGCCUCCCUGGGUGCUCUGUCGACGGGUCGUGUUAAUAUAACAGCUAUUACUUAUGUAGCGCUUAGUAAGGCUAUUUGCAUUGCUACACGUUACUCGGCAAGUCGUCGGCAAUUUGGACCCGCCGACAGCAAUGUGGAAUGGCCAGUGAUUGAGUAUCAGUCGCAGCAAUACCGUCUGAUGCCACAUCUGACUGGGGCAAUUGCAUUGCGAGUAGUUGCACUUUGGAUUGGCAAGGCGAACGUGGACAUGACAAUGCGGAGCAUGAUGGGCGAGGAUACGUCCCGGGAAGGCAUGGAAAUACAUGCUAUCUCAUCGGCACUGAAACCCUGUGCCACUUGGGCGGCUCGCGACGGCAUCCAGGAGUGCCGUGAAGCUUGUGGCGGCCAUGGCUAUUUGCGUGCAUCCGGCUUGGGCGAUCUGAGAAAUGAUAAUGAUGCCAAUUGCACGUAUGAAGGCGAAAAUAAUACUCUCAUACAGCAGGCAUCCAAUUGGCUGAUUAGCUUGCGUCGCAGCAAUGCCAACUUUGUGGAUGCUUCUCCAUUGGAGACAGUCACAUUUCUUAAGGAUAUGAAUGUGAUACUGCAGACACAUGGACAGGAGCAGAACGCCGAACAAGCUCUGGACGUGCACAAUUUGCUGAAGGCUCUUAACUGGCUUACCGCUUGGCAACUGGAUGCAGCGGUUAAGCGCUUCGAGGAGCUGCAAUUUGCUGGCAAGGACGCCUUUGAGACACGCAACAAUAUUCAAGUUUUUGCUGCUCAGAAACUUUCCAUUAUCUAUGCAGAGCGAACCAUGUACUAUGUCUUCUACAAGUUUGUAACCAGUCUGCCCGCCUCUGCCGAGAAGCAGGUGCUAUUGAAUGUGCUUUCCUUCUACGGCGCCAAUUUGGUUACCAAAUACUCUGCUCUGUUCUAUCAAGGCGGCUAUUUCCGCAACGGCUCACAGAUCGAGCUAUAUCAGCAGGGUAUCUUGGGUCUACUCUCAACCUUGAAGAAUGAAGCUAUUGCUUUAGUGGAUGCAAUUGCACCCACAGACUUCAUUUUGAACUCUCCCUUGGGCAUGAGCGAUGGCAAUGUCUAUCACCAUUUGCAACGCACCAUCGUGUCCACUCCAGGAGUCUAUGAACGUCCUUAUUGGUGGCGUGAUGUGACCUAUAAGAAUUAUCUAGAACGCGCCAAGUUGUAAAAAUGUAAUUAUUUUAUUUUCUUAAUAGUUUAUUAAGUUUUAUAUGAUCGAAAUUUUGUGCCUUUAUUGUUAUUAAUUUUUUUUCAAAAGAUCAGUACUUGUACUUGUGCCUUGUACUUUAAAACUUAUGUACAUAUAUAACUUAUCAUUCACACGUGAUAUACAUACCUGUAU